AUGGCGGAGGCGGCCCAACCGACAAGUGAAUCCGACGGCACUGAGGUUCCGGUCAAGCAGCCGGCGGACAAGAUGCCGCGGACGGCCUCGAGGCGGCGCCGGCAGUCGGUGCUCAGGGUGUCGCAGGUGCUGCUCGGGGCCAUCACUGCGCCCGGCAGGCCGACCCUGGCGGCUCUCAAGAAGGCGCUGGGCAGCGCCGGCUACGAGGUGCGCAGGAAGAUCGGCAGCCCCGUGGGAGGCCCGGGCGGGUCCGAGACCCAGGCCACGCUCCUGCGAGUGAGCGGCAGCCACGCGGCCGGCUGCUUCAGGGUGUGGAAGCUUCCGAAGUCGAGGAGAAAGGCGGGGCGGUCCCGGCUGGCCUUGGACGGCCGCUCUUCCAGGGGGAACCUGCCGCGGUCCUCCAGACCACACCUGCACCGCUCCCGGCGCAAGGCGGCCGAGAAGGCCCGGGAAGCCUGGAGGAGCAAGGCCAAGGCCCUGAGGCCACAGGUCAGGAGGGCCAGAUCGAGGAUCAGGUCGAGGGCCAGGUCGCCCGCCAGGUCAGGUGCCAAGUCAAGGGUCAGGAACCAGGCACGGAUCAGA